CUGCCCGGCUGCGCUCGGCUGCGGGGCGAGGAAGCAGCCGCGCUGCCUGAGCUGCUCUUCCCCUUCACCUGCCGCAUGUGCGGGCUGGUGCUGGACGACGGCUUCGCGCAGGAUGAGGGCCUGGCUGAGCAGGUCUGUGGGCGCUGCAGCCUGGCGGUGCUGGGCACCGAGCCGGGCGCCAGCCCCCGCAAAGGCACCGGGGACAAGGGCUUCGCCUGCAGCCUCUGCCCCUUCGUCACCCACUACCCCAACCACUUGGCGCGGCACAUGAAGACGCACAGUGGGGAGAAGCCCUUCGUCUGCCCGCUCUGCCCCUAUGCCUCUGCCCACCUUGACAACCUGAAGCGGCACCAGCGAGUGCACACAGGCGAGAAGCCCUACAAGUGCCAGCUCUGCGACUAUGCCUGCGGCAACCUGGCCAACCUCAAGCGUCACGGGCGCAUCCACUCGGGCGACAAGCCCUUCCAGUGCAGCCUCUGCAGCUACAGCUGCAACCAGAGCAUGAACCUGAAGCGGCACAUGCUGCGGCACACGGGCGAGAAGCCCUUCCAGUGCCAGAACUGCUCCUACACCACUGGCCACUGGGACAACUACAAGCGUCACCAGAAGAUCCAUGGCCACGCGGCCGAGAGCUGGGUGAACCCGCGCAAUGCCAAAGCCCUCUUGGCCCCUCCAGCUGUGGACACAGCCCUGCCCUGAGACAGCACUUAGCCCAGCAGUGGGGGUGACCAACCCUGUGCUGGGCCGGGGGUGCCUCAGCCCUGGGGCACCUCCGCCACGGCUCCUGCCCUCCCUGGGGGAGGGACGGGCAGCAUACUCCACAGGGGGCUCAGGGCUGCCUUAUGCAGGG